UUAUGAUAUCGAAUGAUACUUUGACUCCUAUGCAAUAAACUGCAUAAUUUUAUAUACCUCCUGGAUUAAGUUUUCAUAGAAGAAAUCUGAAGAAGCUCAACCCUCAAAAUGAAAAAGUUGAGAUGUCAUAAAUCUAUUUAAACCCAAAUUUCAAUCUAAAGUCAAAUAGUUAGCCAAAUUUAUUAAAUCCUACAAGAGAUAAAAAUUUUUCUUUUCAUUUCGAGUAAUAAGAAUAAUCAGUGUAAUAAAACUCAAUAAAAAAAUAAUAAUCUCUCUUGGGAAUAUAGUAAAGAUUACUAUUUCCAAGAAUAACUUUUAAAAAAUAGAAUUCUCUCGACAUUAAUGCAAAUAAUUAUAUUUCGUCACCUGAGAAAAGUAAAAAAAUGCUGAUAGCCUUGAUAAUGCCCUAAAAUAAAAUAUAAACAAUAUCAUCUCAGAAGAAUCAUCGUUCAACUAGGUCUCAAUGUAGAAGUUUUCUAUAGAGUCGACCAUAACUAAAUCUAUUGAAUAGAAUUUUUUCCUCGAAAUCAUAGUAAGAAUUAUGA